CCACGUCCACACGCGCUACAGAAGACAAUCCUAUCAGAGGGAACUAUGAAGUUUUAGUUAACACCAGCUGAGCAUUUGUCACUGCCGCCUGAUGAUUUUGGCAUUUUGUUUGGUGUUUUCAACUCGGCUCUGACUUUUGAAGGAGUCGCUUUGGUGCAGAGAAGCUGUCUGCUCAAAGUGUCCGAGAAAAAAAAGGUUCUCUGCCACAUUUUUAAAGCAUAACGGAGUAGCAUUGAUAGAUUUUCUUUAGAUUUUUUGGUUUUUGUCUUUUACUGUCAGGACGGCGGGACUUGUGUAGAAAGUUAGUUUCCUGAGCUUUUUUGUGGGGGCAGUUUGCAGAUAGAAGAAUGCUGCCCCAGCUCGUCACCCUGGCCUGUUGUCUCUGCUGCUUUGGUUUUACCUCAGUCACUGCAAAUGUACUAAAAGCAGAGGCUUGGCUGCAGCAGUAUGGCUACCUGCCUCCAGGUGACGUCAGAGCUCAGGCCCUCCGCUCACCAAAGUCAAUUGAAAAAGCGAUAUCAGCCAUGCAGAGGUUUUAUGGUUUGACUGUCACUGGCUCCACAGACUCCAACACCAUGGAGGCGAUGAGACGGCCGAGGUGUGGCGUCCCAGACAAGUUUGGCCCGGCGCUGAAAAGCAACCUAAGAAGGAAGAGAUACGCCGUGCAGGGUCUGAAGUGGGACAAGUCUGAGGUGACCUUCAGCAUACAGAACUACACCCCUAAGAUUGGCGAGCGAGCCACAAAUGAAGCCAUCCGAAAAGCUUUCAAGGUGUGGGAGAGCGUGAUCCCGCUGACCUUCAGAGAGAUCCCCUACAGCCACAUCAGAGACAAGGUCGACAAGUUCGCAGACAUCAUGCUCUCCUUCGCAGAGGGCUUUCAUGGCGACAGCACGCCCUUCGACGGCGAGGGCGGAUUCCUUGCUCAUGCUUACUUCCCUGGACACGGCAUCGGUGGAGACACGCACUUUGACCUCGCCGAGCCCUGGACUACAGGGAACACCGACCAAGGGGGUAAUGAUGUGUUCCUGGUAGCUGUCCAUGAGCUGGGUCAUGCUCUGGGUCUGGAGCACUCCAACGACCCCUCUGCCAUCAUGGCCCCCUUCUACCAGUGGUUUGAAACUGAAAACUUCCAGCUCCCAGAUGAUGACCGCAAAGGCAUCCAGGCAAUAUACGGAACCAAGUCUGGAGCUCCCCCUCCUCCCCCUCGACCCACGAAGCCGUCCAAACCCAACAAGCCAGACCACGGCCCAGACAUCUGUGAGGGACACUUUGACACCAUCGCUGUCCUGAGAGGGGAAAAGUUUGUAUUUAAGGACAAGUGGUUUUGGCGUGUGCGUAAUAACAAGGUAUUGCCAGGCUACCCGAUGACCAUCAGUCACUUCUGGAAGGGUCUUCCCUCAAGCAUCAACGCCGCCUACGAGAGGGAUGAUGGAAAAUUUGUCUUCUUCAAGGGUGACAGGUACUGGGUUUUCAGUGAGUCCAGCAUGGACAAGGAUUCCCCCAAGAGCCUGACAGACAUGGGCACCGGUCUACCCAAGGACAAGCUCGAUGCUGCUCUCUUCUACACGCCGACAGGACAGACGUACUUCUUCAAAGGCACUAAGUACUACCGUUUCAACGAGCAGACUCAAACCGUGGACAGCGGCUAUCCAAAGCCCAUCAGCAUGUGGAACGGUGCACCGGACAACAUCAAGGCUGCCAUCAUGAGUGAAGAUGGAUCUUACACAUAUUUCUACAAAGCCAACAAGUACUGGAAGUUCAACAACCAGUACAUGAAGGUGGAGUCCGGCUACCCCAAGUCUGUGCUCAGUGACUGGAUGGGCUGCGAAAGCGAGGAGCCCAGGAAGGGUCGGGAAGAGGUGAUCAUCAUCGAGGUGAACGAGUCACAGAGCGGGGCCGGGCCGGUGGCCGUGGUGAUCCCUCUCCUCCUACUGGUGCUGGUUGUGGUCACUCUGGGAGCGCUUUUGUUCUUCAGGAAGUACGGCACGCCUCGACGCCUCCUCUACUGCCAGAGAUCCCUCCUGGACAAGGUGUAGACAGAGCGACGGGGUGAUUGACAGACUGCCACAGUGGGACAGAAAGGGAGGGAGAGAGAACGAGGGCCGGGUGGAGAUGGAAACUGACAGAGGGGGAAGAUAUGGAAGAGGAGGAGAGAGCAACUGGAGAAAAGAUGAAGAAAUGGGGGAUAGAACAGGGGCAAUGUGUAAGUUUUGGGUGGUAUGUAUGCGCCACAAAAGAGAGAAAAAAAGGCCCUAGAAACUGAAAUCAGGAAAAUGUGUAUUUGUAUGUUAACUACGUACUGUUCUAUGUUCAGAGAUUAACAAAUUACCCACAACUUCACAUAAAGAAGGGGAAAUAUACAAAGAGACUCAUGUUCAUCAACGACUUCCCUCCCGCCUCUCCUCUCUCACGUCCCAGGUAUUAAAAAAAACAUCCCUCCUUCCUUCCUCUCCUUUAACUGGACGACUCCAGCUGAACUGCUGUCUGAUUCAUUUCUUUACUCAGAAAUUCAUCAUCUCUGUUAAGAGUUUUUGCUCUAAAUACAUUUUCUGUCUAAUGGGUUUUUUUGGGGGGAGUUUUACUCAUUCAUUUCAAAAUUUUUUGCUCUUGAAUCCAUUAUUUUGGGAAAGCUUUGAUAUUGGACCAUGCAAUAUUUUCUGCAUUUCUUUGAUUUCUACUCUACCACUAAGUAGGGCUGGGUUUCUAACCUCAUACUUCUUUAGUACUGCCUGAAAUGUGUCUACUGCACAUAGCAUUAAAAACUUUCAAGUUGGCAUUAACUGUCUGGUCAGAUUCAUAACCUUUAUUUUCUUAUUGUUUUAUCGGAUAUGUCCAGAUUUAAAACAAUAUUUGGACUAUUUUAUUGAGGCAAAGUUCUUGUACUGUUGUCUGUGUUUAGACAACAUCAAUGUUUGAGCACUUUGGCUUUUGUUUAAACGAGUGCUCAUAAUUUUCACAGUAAGGUACUGAAUUUUAAAAUUAUACCUACCAAGAUGAUUCUCUCCCAUCUGCUAAACAAAGAUGACUAAUCUUCAGUUUUAGUUAUUAUCACCUGCCUCAUUUUUGGAUGGAUUUGAUGGAGUAUAAUGUCCCUUAUGCACAGUGUUAGUAUUGAUUGAUGCAGACUUUUGAACGUAGAGAGAUAGGACUUAUGAUUUAGUAUCUGUUUAACCAGGAUUAUGUCCACAAAAGUCCGACUUAACAUGAGGCUGCUGGAGGUGAAUGUCCCCUUGACAGUGCAGCUGCAGCCCCGUCAGAACGUCUAACAACAUAUAACUGAUUCACUCAGACUUUACAGGCAAACCUAUUCUUUCAGUGCAAGCAGUCAGACGGGAAAUAUAUUUCUUUUUAAAAAAGCAUUUUAUCUCAGAAAUGAGAGUUUUCUAACAUUCCAGUACAUUUGUUGUUGGAUAUGAGCAGAGCUGCUUGUCCAAAUGUGUCAGUAAGCGGUACACUUUCCAACAAUAUCGUGCAAUUUUUAAUUAUCGUUGUUAUGUGGAAUUGUUGUUAUUAUAAGUAUGGUUAUUGUUAUUAUUGUUCUCCUGGUAAAGUUAAAAUGACUUCUUUUUUCUUUUUGUUUUGCUUUUGUAUAUUGUCAUUUGGAGUCCUGCUGGACAGAGGCAUAACAUGACAAUGAUGGAAAUGAAUCCCAUUUUACACUCAUGUGAUGAAUUAGAUAAGAUCAGGGGGGUAAAUGUGAGUUCAGGCAGUUUCGUUUUACUCGGAGACUCCUGAAAUUACCCGGAUGUUGGCACAAGCAAUACUAUUUAUGAACUUUGAUGGUGCUCAUUGAUUUACUUCUUCUUUUUUUACACAAAUCAAAAUUGAAGGUGAAUUCAUUUAGUUAAUAACAAUGAUAAUGGUAAUGAUAUUUAUAAUGAUGAUCAAUAAAAUGGAAUGAGAUUUUU